GUGAUUUUUUUCUCCGUGAAUGCUUAUCGUCCGCUUUAAAAGUUUAUCAACAAUCGAUUCCACGGUGGUCAACAUUUUACAAAUAACGUACUACCGAACACGAAACAGAUACAAAGCGGUUUCAACUAUAAAAAUUUUAUUCAUCAUCUUUUGAUGCCUUCUGUGGGGUUAUGAAGUAACUGCAGUUAAGUAGCACAUUUACAAUUGAUUUAAGUAGGAUCCAUUGAUUGCUUGAUCAAAGGAAGAAAGCAGCGCAUUCGAUCGCAAACGUCAGUGACGAAACUUUUGCUCUACCAGAGACAAAAAUGAAUACCAGUGAACAAACAGAAACGGUUAUUGAACGUAGAAAAUUUUUCUAUCAAAAUACGAAAAAAGUUGCAGCGGAGUUCUGUGAUGCAUCGCCAAUUCACGGAAUUAGACAUUUGGCCGGUAGGGACAAACUGCUGGUGGAGAAGAUAUGGUGGAUAUUAUUGUUCUUCCUGUCACUGUACUUUUGCCUAACCUACAUGUACGCCGUCAUAGAAAAAUGGCUCAAAGAUCCAAUCAUUGUGAGUUUCGAUCAUCAACCUUCCUCGAUUUAUUCUAUUCCAUUCCCUGCGGUUACCAUUUGUCCUGAAACUAAAGUUAAAGCUUCGGAACUGAAUGUGAGUCACACAUUUCAGUUGGUUCGUAGUGGUGAACUGAACGAAUCUAUGGAUGCAGAGAGGGUUCGAAAGCUACUAGCACUGCUUCAACUGUGCGAACAUGAUCUGUACGAUCGCAGUGAAACAGUCACCCAAGAUAACGAUAUGCUGAGGCUGCUAAGAAAGAUGGCCAUUCCGUCGUUUGAAGUGUUCCAAUCGUGUGACUGGAAAGGACAUCCGAUGGAUUGUAUGGACUUGUUCAAGACUACACUCACCGAGAAGGGCUUUUGCUACAGUUUUAACGUGCUGGCGAAUAAUGAUCUGCUGCGAAAGGAAGAAUUGGACUCGAACUAUGCUUUUAAUUCGGAAAGACGAACCUCUCAAUGGAGUUUGGAUUUUGGGUACCAAUCGGGUAUAGGAAGCAAUGCUUUUCCGCACCGAGUCAUUACGGGAGGAUACCAUGGCAGUUUGGCUGUCACACUCAAAGUUAAUAAAAGCGAUGUGGAUUACUUCUGUGGGAAUUCUUUCCAAGGUUUCAAAGGACUACUCCAUAUGCCAAACGAGUACCCGCAGUUAAUGCAUCAAUUUUUCCGAAUUCCAUUGAACCAGGAGUUGAUCAUAACGGUGGUUCCACAAGUGAUGUCUAUUGGAGAACGAGCACAGCAAUAUCAACCAGAGCAACGCCAGUGUUACAACAGUAACGAGCGUAGUCUACGAUUCUUCAAGAUAUAUACAAAGAAAAAUUGUGAGAUUGAGUGUCUAACCAAUUACACUUUUGAACUGUGCGGCUGUGUUCGGUUCUCCAUGCCUCGACCUCCAGGUGCUCCGAUUUGCAGUCUUCGGGAUGCCCCUUGUUGUAGAAAAGCUCAAAUUCGGAAGCUAAAACUACAAGCGAAGGUCGAAGAUACCGAGGAUAGCUAUCUCCCAAAGCACUACUGUAACUGUUUGCCCACGUGUAACAACAUCGACUAUCAUUGGCAGGUUUCGCAGGCCGCUUGGGAUUGGCAGAAGGAUCGCCUGGUGACAUUAGCACCCGUGCUAGAAAAUGUUCAUCAAUCCAAAGUCAUAAUCUAUUUUAAGCAAGCGAACUUUAUUCCACUUAAGCGCAACGAGAUCAACGGUUUGAGUGACAUGAUUGCCAGUUGUGGGGGGCUCCUGGGACUCUUCAUGGGUGUCAGCAUAAUGAGCUUGGUAGAGCUGUGCUACUUUUGUACCCUGAGACCCUAUGCUUUGUGGAAAAUUACCGAAAACAGAAUAGCCGCUAGACGGACCGGUCUUCCUCGAAACAAGCCAUGAUCGAAAACAUUCGCACACCUAAGAUUUACUGCCGAGUUUCGGUAAUUUAUUGUUGAGACCGGCACAACGAAUACAGCUGGGUUUAAAAAUAUGACAGCUGUCACAUUUUUUCGGAAA